ACCAACCUUCUUCUACAACCCUCUCAACCGGACCAACCAAGGUGUUCGUCAAGUCAAGUCAUACCACCUUGUCUCUCUACAUAACACUCCCAAUACCUCAUCCUCAACUGCUCUUUAUCGGCCGUAAUAAUGACUAAGCCUAAUCCCAACGACACUAUCGUGUUCCUAUACAUGUGCCUCCUGUAUUCUGACUUCAGGGUUGUCGACUGGAAGGCUCUCAGCGAGGCCACCAACCUCAACAAUGGGGCCGCGCGCAUGCGUUACCACCGUCUGAAGAAGAACCUUGAUGCCGUCAUCAAGAAUGGCAAAUAUGACUUGAGCAUCGGUUCCGCCACCACCCCGACCAAGAAGCAUGCUUUGGAUAUGAUAACUGCUACCGACAAAGAAAGCAGUGUUGAGCCUAACAGCCCCACCAUCGAACACUCUAGUGGAGUCGUUAGCAUCGCCAAUCUCCUUAACCCGGCAUCCCCCAAGCGCAAGAUGGCGGAUGAGGUUGAUGAUGACUCCGAAGCCUCAACCAUCAUCGAUACCAGCUUCCGCUUCAUGCCCAUCUACACUCCUGUUACGCGUUCCCCCAGCUCUCAGGGUCUGCAGCCGGCCGCGAAGAAGGCUAAGAAGGAGGAGUGA